AUGGACCAAAUAACUACGAAGUACGUUCCUUGGGAAAGGGGAAGUUUCGUCCUCACAGCGAACAAAAGCUCAAUACUGUCAAAGAUAUCUUUUAUUACCUUCAGAGUCAAACACGUUAAAGGCAUGCUCUCGAUCACUCCAUGUGGCUUUGUCGUUACGGGAUUUGACACUUCGCUUCCUGCGGAUGUUGUCAGGACUGCAUUUUUUAGACUUUUCAGUUCCUGUGGAGUGAUCAUAUAUCUAAAGAUCGAGGAAGACCCUAGUCAACCCGGUCUUCUCAAAAGGUCCGGUUUUGUUUGUCUAGCGGGAGAAGAAGCACAUAACAAGGCUGUGGGACUUGAUGGGAGUGAUUUGGGAGGAUGGAAUGUAGCUGUUCAGACUUUACCGCCACCAAUGAACAUGACAAAUGUCACUCUUGAUAAUAUUCAUGUGAAUGUUGGCUGGGAAGGCCCACCUGGUUACCGCUGGGUCGACUAUAAUGCUGAGCAACGCAGUAGAAUGCUCACUGUCUCUCUCGACGAAGCUCUCUUUGGUGUUUCUCGUUUGUGA